UGAUCGCAUUGGGAAUAGGGAAUACCUUUACUCCUCCAAAAAAGGGCGCCGACCGGCAAUUAAAUUUAAAAUUCUGUUUGCCAACAAACAAUUCAACGCCGACGAAAACUCCAAUCAUCAGCAAUCUUGUAAGCAUCCAUGUGACCGCAGGAUUAGGGUAAAAACAGACCAAGAAUUCACAUGGCAUUUGUGCUGGUUCCAGACUGUUUGUUAAGAUAAGUAGAGUUGAAGCCAAAUACACGAAACAACCGAAAAAACAAGCAAGAAAGGAAAUAGCACCAACAUUUACAGCACUGUAAAAGGGCGCCCAUGUUGUAAUAGGCCCAUAGGAUUCAACUCAAGGCUAUGGCAGAGGGGCCUCUGGAUUCAUCUCACAGACUUCUUGUUGGACUUGAAUUCAGAGUUAAUUCUAACAAUGUCUACAGAGCCCCUGCUGGAAGCAUACGGUAAUGAAAUAGAAGGCAAUGCUAUAGUGAUCCAGGAAAUCAAAGAAGAUGAAGAUGAUGAUGUUAAGACAGAGACGGCAGAAUCGGGUAGUUGUCAGUCUUCCUGGUUGGUCAUUAGGUGGGCACAGAAGGGACUCGUGGAUCCUUUUCUGGCCAUUUGCAGAAGGGGUUUAAGGCCAAAGCAAUUGGCUACUUCAGCUGCCCUAGGAAUUACUUUGGGAAUCUUUCCUGUUUAUGGAGUGACUGCUGUACUCUCUGCUGUAGUGGGUGCAUUGCUUAGAUCUAGAUGUAAUUUACCUACAAUCAUGUUGGCAAAUCUUGUUGCUACUCCAGUGCAACUUGGAUUAACUGUUCCAUUUUUACUCCUUGGGGAGUGGGUAUCUGGGGGUCAACAUUUCUUACUUACACCCAAUGCUUUGUGGAUGGCCAUUACUGGGAAAGCUCCAGUAACUGUACUCCUUGGACUUCUACAUGCUCUCAUAGGAUGGGCCAUCUUGGCCGUUCCUAUUUUUGGAGGUCUCUAUGUUAUCUUUUAUCCUCUUUUUUGGUGCUUGACUCAGAAAUUUGCCGCUAAUCCAUUGGUCCAUGCCACCACUCCCGUUUCUCCUCAUUUUCAGGUUUCUUCAGUAAAAGACCCAGAAAUUUAAUCUCAGGUUUCUUCAGUAAAAGACCCAGAAAUUUAAUCUCACAGUGCCUAAACCCUCAAACUCUCUUCAACUCUCUUCAGAUUGUGUAACAAUGUUAAUGUAUUUCAGAGCUUCCAUUUUUUUAAGCCCUUGAGAUUAGGUGUCAUCAUCAUGGGGAAUCUCUCUCCCGUGAACUUGAAACACCUUAUUUUGUUGGCUUAUUUUGUUGUAAUAUAUUAUCUACAAAGUACAAGAUAUAUAUAAUAUAUACAAACUUCAGUCUUGCCAAGCUGUAAGUUUGGUUGCAGUAUUAUAAGAAAGCUGUUCAAGCUACUGAAGUCCAAUAAUUAUUAAAAUCCUUAUUGGGCUUGGGCCUUGCUGCCUUAGAUGUAGUUGUUUUUGAAUUCUGAAAAUUUUGAGGUUCUGUGUAGCAGUGCAUGUACAGCUAUCUCAGUGCUACAUUUUAUUUAGUAUCUAUCCAUGAGACAUUUAAAGGAUCUCCCUGCAAUAGUAAUAAUAGAAAUCAAGCCUAGUGUUAUAGUAAUGAAUAUAUUAUUGAUAUGACAAACCUUUUAAUUC